AUGGGGGUCCGGCCGGCGUCGGGAGACCUCGCCCACUUUCGGACUCCGGGGGGCCUGGGCCGAGUGUCGGCCUCCUCCGGCCCCUCGGGCCCCUCAGCAGGGCCCGGGGGCGCCUCGGCCGCCCCCACGGCGGGCAGCAAAGUGCUCCUGGGCUUCAGCUCGGACGAGUCGGACGCGGAGGUCAGCCCGCGGGACCAGGCCGGCGGCGGCGGCGGCGGCGGGAGGAGAGACCGGGCUGCGCUCCAGUACCGCGGGCUCAAACCGCCGUCGGCGGCGUCCGUGGCCGGCGGCGAGGUGACUAACAGCCCCGCGGCCGAGCGCAGGAAGCCCCACGCGUGGUGGGGGGCCCGGCGGCCGGCGGCCCCGGAGCUGCCGUCGCCCCCGUCGGGGAGAGACCGGGCGGCGCAGGACGGCGGCCGCCAGGAGGGCGAAGACCGCGAGGACCGGGAGCCCGAGGCCGAAGAGGCGGCGCUGUGGGCGAGCCGGACCGCGAACGGCAGCCGGCUCCUCGCCCACAGCUGCCGGGACAACUACUCGGACUCGGAGGAAGAGGGGGCCGGCGACGUGGCCUCCGGCCGGCAGGUACCGAAGGACGACUCCCUCUCCCGGCCCCGGCCCCGGCGGAGUCACGGCAAGUCGCUCCCUCCGCAGGCUGCGCGACCCGCCGGCGGCCGGCCGGAGCCCGCCGUCGUCCCGGGAGGAGGAGGAGGAGGAGGAGGAGGAGGAGGAGGAGGAGGAGGAGGAGGAGGAGGAGGAGGAGGGGGAGGAAUCCCGAUGAAUGACAGGGCGGCGGCCGCGGGGAGUCUAGACAGAAGUCGAAACCUCGAAGAGUCGGCGGCGGCGGGGCCGGGAGGAGCGUGCGAUGCCCUGGACUCCGGCCCGAUUCCUAGAUACCGUGUGAACGCCAAGAAGCUGGCCCCGCUCCUGGCCCCGCCGCUCACGGACAUGGACGCAACCCUGGACUCGUCGUCGCCCACGGGCCCCCUUCUUAAAACCAACAAUCACAUCGGCGGCGGCGGGGCCUUCGGGGUGGACUCCGCCAGGGUUUUCCCCAACAGCGUCCCUCCCAGCGCGGCGGCGGCGGCGGCGGCGGCCCCGGGCUCCCUCAGGCUCAAUCACUCCAACCACACGGGCGCCAAUCACACCUACCUGAAGAACGCGUACGGCAAAGCCAAGCUCCCCGAGCCCGAGGAGGAACUUCUCCAGCAGUUUAAGCGGGAGGAGGUGUCCCCGACCGGCGGCUUCAGUGCCCACUACCUGUCCAUGUUUCUCUUGACUGCCGCCUGCUUAUUUUUCCUCAUCCUGGGACUGACUUACCUAGGGAUGAGAGGGACGAGCGUAUCCGAGGAUGGAGGACUCGGCAUAAAAAACCCCUUUGAUGAAACAUUUGGAAAAAUACAAGAAAAUGAAAAAAAUCUUAUGAUGAACACUUUAUACAAGCUUCAUGAUCGAUUGGCACAGCUUGCAGGAGAUCAUGAAUGUGGCAGUUCUAGUCAGAGAACACUUUCUGUCCAAGAGGCAGCUGCAUAUUUAAAAAAUUUAGGUCCUGAAUAUGAAGAUAUAUUUAACAUGUCAUUACAGUGGAUUUUUGAAAAUGGAAAAGAUGUUGGAAUAAGGUGUGUCGGCAAUGGCCCUGAUGAACAACUGACAAAUGUUACUGAUGUGCAGUUUUUACAGUCCACGAGACCGCUAAUGUCUUUUUGGUGUCGUUUUCGGCGCGCUUUUAUUACUGUCACUCACAGGUUAUUGUUGUUAUGUUUAGGUGUGGUGAUGGUUGGUAUUGUUCUGCGUUACAUGAAAUAUCGCUGGACAAAAGAGGAAGAGGAAACAAGACAGAUGUAUGAUAUGGUGAUAAAGAUUAUAGACGUUUUACGAAGUCACAAUGAAGCUUGCCAAGAAAACAAAGAUUUACAACCUUUCAUGCCUAUUCCACAUGUACGAGAUUCCUUAAUACUGCCUCAUGACAGAAAAAGAAUGAAGAAAGUCUGGGAUAGAGCCGUUGACUUCCUUGCUGCUAACGAGUCUAGAGUUCGCACAGAAACACGAAGAAUAGGUGGUGCGGAUUUCCUAGUUUGGCGGUGGAUCCAACCUUCUGCGUCCUGUGACAAAAUAUUAGUAAUACCUUCAAAAGUAUGGCAAGGUCAAGCAUUUCAUUUAGAUAGAAGAAAUUCACCACCAAAUAGUUUGACGCCGUGUCUCAAAAUUCGAAAUAUGUUUGAUCCAGUUAUGGAAAUAGGGGAUCAGUGGCAUUUGGCAAUUCAAGAAGCAAUUUUAGAAAAAUGCAGUGAUAAUGAUGGUAUUGUUCAUAUUGCCGUAGACAAAAAUUCACGUGAGGGUUGUGUAUAUGUUAAAUGUCUGUCUCCAGAAUAUGCUGGGAAAGCUUUUAAGGCAUUGCAUGGCUCUUGGUUUGAUGGGAAAUUGGUUACAGUAAAAUAUUUACGACUAGAUAGAUAUCACCAUCGCUUUCCCCACGCUCUUACUUGCAACACUCCCUUGAAGCCAUCAAAUAAACAUAUGAACUCUAUGUCUCAUCUUCGUCUGCGGACUGGCUUAGCCAAUUCUCAAGGAGGUUCCUGA